CAGCGUGCUAGGGGGUUCUUACUGACUGUUUCCUCCUCUUCUUUUCAGGCAGCCAUCUUCACAGCCACAUUUCCCUUCAUUAUGCUGUUGGUUUUGUUCAUACGUGGUGUUACCCUACCCGGGGCAAUGGAUGGGAUCAUUUAUUACCUCUACCCUGAUAUCACUCGCCUUUCAGACCCCCAGGUAUGGAUGGAUGCUGGCACUCAGAUCUUUUUCUCUUAUGCUGUCGGCUUCGGGUUCCUAACCUCUCUUGGGAGUUAUAACACUUACAACAACGACUGUUACAGGGACUGUUUCUACUUGUGUUUACUGAACAGUGCCACCAGCCUUUUUGCGGGCUUCGCCAUUUUCUCUGUUUUGGGUUUCAUGACAUACGAACAAGGAGUGGAUAUUUCUGAAAUAGCUGAAUCAGGUCCAGGUUUGGCCUUCAUUGUCUACCCACGUGCUGUAGCCAUGAUGCCCAUGCCCCGGGUAUGGUCGGUGUGUUUCUUCAUCAUGAUCAUUCUGCUUGGAUUGGACAGUCAGUUUGUUGGUCUAGAGUGUCUGAUGACGUCACUGGUUGAUCUGUUCCCAACUUACCUGCGCCAAGGCUACAGACGUGAGCUGCUUCUGCUGGCCAUUUGCAGUCUCUGCUGUUUGCUGGGACUCUCCCUGGUCACUGAGGGAGGGAUGUACCUGCUCCAGCUGUUGGACCAUCAUGUCUGCAGUGGCACCACCCUGCUCCUCCUCUCCCUCUGCCAGUCUGUCAGCAUUGCCUGGGUGUAUGGUGCUGACCGUUUCUAUGGCAACAUCAUAGACAUGAUUGGUUAUCGUCCAUACCCAUUAAUGAAGUACUGCUGGUGCUACAUCACUCCCUUACUCUGUUUU